AUGGCGAACAGAUAUGGCGGCGGUUCAUACCGCAAUGGAAAUGGGUAUGGCAAUUUCGGGCGGCCCUCAGACGACCGCGGUGAUCGAUUAGGUGACAGAUACGACCGCAUGGAUCGCGGAGACCGCGGCGAAGACUAUGACCCGUAUGGCGACACAUAUGGCGGCGACCGUUUUAGUAGUACACCGCCCGCUCAGAUGAGCUUACGGAGCGCCGCUCCCCCCUCCUCCCGCAGCGGCCCCCCUCCACGACAAGCUCCGCAGCGUGUUGCCGAGUCGAAUGCCGAACGCCAGAUAAACCAGGUGCUUGAGCAUAUCAAGCAGGAUUGGCCGGCCAUGUGCCAGAACGACUGCGUUCCCGUGCAACUCGCCCUCCAGCUGCUGGAUACCAGCUCGGUCGGACGUGCCCAUGAAUAUAGGAACUUCAGAAACACACACCAGUACCUGCAGGACUCAUUAAAAAACAUUGUCCAUGACUACCAUCAAGGUUUCAACAGUUCCAUUGGUACCUUUCACAAGAUUCAGGGAAGCAUACAGUCAUCCCAGAAGAAGGUGCGCAAUCUUAAAGAGUCGCUGGCUGCAUCCAAGGCCGCCCUUUGUGUUACCAACCCGGAACUUAAGAAGCUCUACAACACGUCGCAAAUGUAUGACGGGGUACUGCAGACGCUCAAUGAGCUAGAAGAACUCAGGCAGGUGCCUGAUCAGCUCGAGGCGCGGAUAUCUGAGAAGCGCUUCCUGACCGCGGUCGAGGUGCUACAGACGGCCAUGCGGAAGUUGAUGAAGCCUGAGCUGGACAACAUUGGUGCUCUGGGUGAUCUGCGUAGCUACUUGGCAAAUCAGGAGACGGCGCUUAUGGACAUUCUUAUCGAAGAACUGCACGAGCACUUGUAUCUCAAGUCGCCAUACUGCCAGGAAAGGUGGCAGUACUUGGCCAAGACCCAGGGUCAUUCAAGCGAGACUUUUGGUGAGACGAGCACCAUGGCGCCAUUCCAUGCUAUUCUGGAUGUCAUGGACCUUGAGAAAGCCGUGCAGGAAGACCCAGCUCGAAACCCAGAAGCAGACACAUUUUAUUAUAUAUCUUUGGUGAUCGAGUCCCUAAACAAGCUAGGCCGACUUGAGACUGCCAUAGACACCCUAAAGCAGCGUCUCCCAGUCGAGCUUUUCGCUAUAGUCAACGAGACAGUGAAUGAGGUGGACCAGAAGCACCCGAGUUCUUUACGUGGCGGUUCCUCGAGUUCGAAUGGAUUACAUGUCUAUGGCAGCCGCGAAACACAACUCCGGGCAGACGUUAUCUACGAUCUUUUGUGGACGCUCUAUGGAAAGUUUGAGGCCAUUGCAGAGGGUCAGCGUGUUCUACAUGAGUACAUCAAAGCCCUCAUCAGGCGGGAAGGUGCUGGAAAUAACAGCGCCCUUCUCGGCAGCUUCAAAGAGCUGUGGAACUUGUACCAGAACGAGAUUCGCUCUUUGCUUCACAGCUAUGUCACUACAGACGCCGACGUAUACCAAUACAACCAACCAAAAGCAGGAGCGACCACCAACGGCAAAGCUGUCCGACAAGAUCUGUUCAAGUUUGCUGAAACAGACGCAAAGUCUGCAGAGAUUGUGACUGAAUAUGAAGAACUGGAUGGAAUUAUCCGCGCAGCGGUUCCAGGUUUAUCGGACAAGACUGGUGACAAGAAAUCCUCAGCUGCCGCGGGUGGUCGUGUCCAACAGGAAAAGCGAAACAACGGCCAGGGUCCUGACAAUGGACGCCAGAAUGGCGAAGUUCACAAAUCACUGGUUGAGCCGAGCGUUUUUAACAUGAGUCUUUUGUUGCCGCCGACAUUAGUAUUCCUCCAAAGGUUGAAGGGCAUUGUUCCACCUGGUUCAGAUCUGGCAACAAGUACCCUUACCUCAUUUCUUGACAACUUCCUAGUGAAUGUCUUUCAGCCACAGCUGGACGAGACCCUGGGCAAGCUUAGCGAUACCGUCUUUGGGGAGACUGACUCGUUCCAGCAAGACCCAGAUUGGAGUCUGGUGGCACGCCGACCUGUCUUCAAGGGCACGACGUCUUUCUUUGCAAUUGUCACGGCCUUUUGUCGCAUGUUAGGAACAAUCCCCCAUGACCAAGCUCUCAGCACCCUCAUUAUUGCCCAGAUGAUGCGUUACUACGACCGCUGUCUCCGCUGGUACAGGACAUUAGUUGCGAAGACUGAGGAGCAAGGCGGUAGUGAGGUCCAAACACUACGAGCAUCAGCUACGAUGGCCACAGAGCCGAGCGAGAUACUCGAAACUGUGAAACAGCUCUGGAUGACCGAUAGCCCCAGUCCCGAACCGGAGCUGCUGGAGAAGGAGAUAGCACUGCUCAUAGAGCAUGCGAACGAGAAGAAGUUCGAGCUCAGCGAUGUCAUCUCAGAUAGGGAUACAAUUUCUUCCGUAUGCCUACUCUACACAAGUAUGAAAUGGCUUGCUACAAAGGUUUUAGGACUACGCCACAUCACAAAGAAUGAAGCCGACUCGUCGAGUUCAAAUAUGCCCAAGGCCAACAAGCGUUGGUCAUUGUUGAAUGACCCGAACAAGCCGGCAACCGAGCAAGGUCCUGUGUACCUGCCUAUGACGCAGGAGACAGUCCAAUCUUUCGAUGGCAUUGUAUCGUCUUAUGAAGAGCUCGCUGCCACGGCCCUCCUGACGCUUCACAUGGAAGUCCGCAGCCGUAUUGCGUACUCGUUGCGAAUAGCCCUCUCCCCAGAGACUGCGCCAUACCUGCUUGACCAGGAAGUAUCGGAGCCAGAUCCACAAAUCUUAUCUCUGAACAGCGAGCUGGUUCAGUACGACGAAACCAUCACACGUUACCUUCGGGAGCGCGAGGUGUCGUUCAUACGGGGUGGCCUUGGGCUUCUGAUCAACACAUAUCUCGUAGUCAACGCCUCUAUGGUGUCGCCCAUGAACGCCAAGGGCUGUGGGCGUAUGAAGCUCAAUAUUUUGGUGCUGCAGCAAAACCUCAAAAACAUUGAGGAAGGUGUGGAUCUUGCUCGUGCUGCUGACUAUUUUGGCCUUUUCGAAGCUGGACCGGAUUCGAUUCUUGAGAGGGCCAAGAAGGACGCGGCGGAUGAGAAGAAGGAGGGGAUAAGGUUUACGUACGACGAGCUCAAGGCGCUGAUCGAGCUUUGCUUCAGUGAGCAGCUUGCAAAUCCUGAGAGGGGAAUUGCAGGUGCUGCCAAGAGGCAGAUGUCCGACAAACUGCUCAACCUCAGUGAGAUUAUGUGGCAAACUUGA